GGCAUUUUAAAUCAGCUGUGUGGUGGUAUCGCAACGUUGCAUUGUUGUGUUUAUUAAAAAGCAAUGGGAGGAAAGUGAUAAAAUAAACAAUAAAAAAAAUAUUUUGUAUUAAACUCUUGGAAAAAGCCCCACUACAAAUUCAUGCCGUUAUGAUGUUACUGAGAUAUGAGACAACAUUAAUUGUAUAUCAGCACAAAGAUAAAACAAUUCUGUGCCGAGUUAAUGUGGUGCCAGCGAAACAUCGCGAUCCACAUAACACCUGCCGAGCCCUUACAACAGAUCAAUGGUCUAGCUUUGAUAAGGAAUUACGCUCAUGGUUGGACAUAAGGGACACUAAUGAAAGUUCCGACUCAGAGGAGGACAAGUUGUGCCAAUUUAUUGUUAAACCAAAUUUAGAAGUGAAAAUACGCAAAUCCAAAUUAUCUUCAAAAGUAUUCUACAAGUGUGUCAAAAACCCAGAUAGUGCAGAGGAAUUGACUACUUCAGAUGCUCUCCCAGUUUUAGAUUGUAAAUUAGAAUAUAAGGAGAAUGUCCCCACAAAGCUGCCGCUAACGCCAUCAUUACCUUCAGAUGAAUAUGAACCCAUUGCGACAACAAAUGCUCUUGAUAAUACCACAGGUUCCUUGUCAUAUGAGCCGUAUACACCGUCAAAGAAAAAACCCUCUUCUAAAUACAGUAUUGCUGAUACAAUUAAAACGCCUGGUUUGGAUUUUUUGGGCUUUGAAAGUGCGGAUGAUGGGUAUUCUCCCCUGGUAGAUGGAAAUGUGGCCCUAAGUGAAGCCACAGUACCAAUAUACAAGGCGGCACCAAUAGGCGAUAGUCCAGAUUCAAUUGCUAACGAAGUAAUUCAAGAGACUGAUGAUGAAAAUGAAUCGGGCAGGUACAGACUGAAACGAGAGAAACAACGUAUCAAUGCUGCCCUGGGAGAAUAUAUUCCCGAUAUUGUAGAAGAUGCACCCGCCUAUAAUCCCACCCCAAUUGAGGACACAGCAAAACAACAGAAACCAAAAGUGCCUAAGGAGUUUAUCAACAAAGAGGAAGAAGCAAAUGAGGAUCGCAAAAAGCUGCCGAAGAAUAAGAAACGUGAUAAAUCUUUUAAAGAAAUCAAGAGCAGCAGCAGUCGCCGCAAGGAGGAUAAAGAAAUUCAAUCCUCCAGCGAGAACGAGGAUUUCAUCCACCGCAGUAAAGACAAAGAAAAAAAGACUGAUGGACAAAAAUCAAAGGAAAAUAAAAGUCAUAAAGGGAGUAAAGAGGAUGUUAUAUUAAAAUCUAGGACACGUAGCACCAAAAAGUCAUCACCUUUGUCGUCCAGUGAAGAUGAGUUCGAAAAGUUGUCUGCCCCAAGCAAGGAAAAGGAUACUAAGAAAGAGAAACGUAGAUCUAAGGAGGAAAUAUUGGAAAAGUCCAGCAAAACUGAGAGCACUGGCAGAGAUACAAAAGAAAGUAAAGUGGUGAACGCAAAAUCAGAGACAAAAGACCUCCCAGGGUUACCUUCAUCUUCUAGUGAAGAAGAUUAUGAAAAAUGGUUCACAAAACCAAAGGAAAAGGAUAGAAAGAAGGAAAAACGUAGAUCAAAAGAGGAAGUAGUUGAAAAUAAUAAAAAAUCAGAGUCCUCCAAGAAAGAUGCCAAAUCCACAACCUCAAUUGAUGGCGAAGAUAAAUCCAAUAGGCAUAGAGAUAAAAAGAAGGAAGAAAAACGUAAAUCAAAGGAAACCACAGCAGACACAGGACAAACGGAUGCUAAAAAAGAUGAUGAAAAAGUACCCUUAACUGAAUCCACAACGAGAAAAGAUAAAACUUCCACAUCAUCAUUAAACUCUAUUAGACGUUCCGAACGUUCUCCCGCAAAACCCAGACGUUUCAUUGAAGAGCAAGAAAAAUACCUCCAUCAAAAGAAACCCCGGAACAAAGAACUUUUCGGCACAGAUGACGACGAUGAGCCGGAUAACAAACCAAAAGCUAGCGAUUCCAAUAAUAAUUCCAGCAAUAAGUUGUCAACAACAGCAUUCCAAACACCCAAAUCAAAUAAUAAACCCAAAUCCAUACUACUCUCCUCAUCUUCAUCAUCUUCGGCGAAAAAGAAGCGUAAACGCAAUGAUUGUGAACAAGAAAAGGCUGACAUCAACAAAUGGCUGGGCAAGAAAGACAGCAAACCACAGGGGGAAACCGGAGUGUCGUCAUCUAAAUCGUUUGAGGACAAAUCAUCAAAGAAAUUAAAAUCAUCAAAAGAUGGAAAGGAAACUGCUCGUUCAAAAUCCGACUCGCCUCAGCCCAUGGACAUUGUUAUGCUUUCCGAAAAAGAAAUGGAAAUUAUACGCACCAAAGCGAAGAAACAACGCGAGGAUAAUGAAAAGUUAAAGGCUGCUUUGGAGAAAGUCAACAUUGCACCAAAGGAAGUGGAACAGUUAUCGCUCAAAGACAUGACUCUCAAAGACUUGAUGGACACAUUUGAAGUAUAUAAACCCGAUUUGGAUAAGAUCUAUGAGAAAUAUUGCAAAAAGGAUCAUGUGAAAAGUCAUGAAGGUGCCAAUCACUGUCUUGUCAUAGGUCUGAUCGAUCGCAACAUACAAUUUAAAAUGUUGGAACAAUUAUCCGAAGUAUACAACAGCAUAAAUAGUACAACACAAGCCACUCUAUAUGCCAAUGCUCUGCUGCCAGAAUGGGUACUGCGCAUUUUCAUGGAAAGAUACAAUUUGAAACGUACCGAGGCCAUACAACAUAUCGAAGAUCAAGAUGCUUACAUGUCCUACACAGAGGCCCAAAACGAAAAUUCAUUUCUGGGCGAACUUUGAUGUGGCUAUAAAAUCUUAUUGGAAAUGUUGUUUUUUGUUGUCAUAUCACUUAAAAUCUUUUACUUUACAUAUUUUUAAUUGCAAGAAAAAAAGCUGCGCUUUCGAAAUAUUUUGAAUUUAAAAUUUUUGCUAAUAUUUUUUACCACAUACUUUACAGAUUGUUGCCUCAUGUGCUAAUGGUUGAGAUAUUUUUGUAUUAUAUCCCCCCACACUGUUUGCCAACUUGUGACAGGAGGGGGAGGUUGAAAACACAAGAUAGAAAUAUUUUUUUUUAAAUAUAUUUAUCAUAGAAAAUA